GCUGGCUGCUGAAUCAAAUUACCCAAAUACUUCUUCUUCUUCUUCUUCUUUACACUGAUCAUAUAGUUGUUGUACAAAUUUGACCAUGAAACUGGUCUGGAUGUCACUUGUCGUUAUGUUUUUCCUACAUGGGUGGUGCUACUGUCUCACGUAUGGGGGAAUGAUUAAUCCAAACACCUCCACAAGACCCGCCUUUGUGAACAUCGGAUCCAUGUUCUCCUUCGGUUCUACCAUUGGAAGAGUCGCCAAAAUCGCCAUUGAAGCAGCUGUCCAAGAUAUCAACUCUAACUCAUCUGUUCUUCCAGGCACCAAGCUCAAUCUCACCAUGCUCGAUUCAAACUCCAGUGGUUUACUUAGCAUUCUUGACGCAUUGCAGUUCAUGGAGACAGACACAGUUGCCAUAAUCGGCCCACAAUCGUCUGUCAUGGCUCAUGUUGUCUCCCACAUAGCCAACGAGCUCCAUGUCCCGUUAUUAUCAUUCGCAGCAACGGACCCUGCACUUUCCUCCCUCCAGUAUCCCUUCUUUGUCAGGACCACACAGAGCGGAAUGAGCCAGAUGGCUGCCAUUGCUCGGCUCGUCGAGUACUACGGAUGGAGGGAAGUUACAGCUAUCUACAUAGACGAUGACGACGGGAGAAACAGUAUAGCUGCGUUGGGCGAUCGGUUAGCCGCCACUCGACGUGAAAUCUCUUACAAAGCGCCUCUUAAGGUGGAAGCCACGAGAGCAGACAUAACUGAUGUCUUGGUUAAGGUUGCACUGGCUCAGUCUAGGAUUUUAGUGAUUCUUGCUUAUCCAACUUGGGGGAUAGAAACGCUCUCCGUUGCUAGGGAUCUUGGAAUGAUGGAACGUGGCUACGUUUGGAUAGCCACGGACUGGUUGUCGACUUAUCUUGACACCAACUCCCCUCUUCCUUUGCCUGCCAUGGACCAUCUGCAGGGGGUCGUCACUCUACGAAUGCACACUCCCGAUUCAGAGCCGAGAAGGAGGUUCGUUUCCAGGUGGAAUAACCUGACCAGUCGAAAGAGUUCCGAAAACGUUUCUCUUGGUUUGAACGUUUACGCCCUUUACGCCUACGACACAGUGUGGUUGCUUGCGAAUGCGAUCGACGCGUUCUUAAGCCGAGGUGGCGCAAUCUCAUUCUCAAAUGUUUCGGGUUUGAACCAAUUUGGUUCCGGGAAACUGAAUCUGGACACACUUAAUGUCUUCAACGGCGGGAAGCUAUUGCUCGACAGCAUUCUACAAGUGAAUACGACUGGCUUAACCGGAACUAUAAGUUUUUCGUCGGACAGAUCGCUUACACUCCCGUCCUAUGAAGUGGUUAACGUGAUCGGAACAGGCGUUAGGACAGUUGGAUAUUGGUCGAACUAUUCCGGCGGCUUAUCGACAUUGCCACCGGAAAAAGUAUAUGAGUUGCCUCCAAAUGAUUCCAGUUCAAAUCAGAAUCUGUUUGACGUGGUGUGGCCAGGGCAGACGAUGGAAAAGCCUCGAGGAUGGGUUUUCCCAAAUAAUGGGAGAGAGCUGAGAAUCGCAGUUCCAAAUCGUGUCAGUUUUCUUGAGUUCAUAGAGUAUGUUCCCGACUUAGACAUGUUUAAAGGCUAUUGCAUUGACGUUUUCAUUGCCGCUGUGAAUUUGUUGCCUUAUCCCGUCCCUUAUAAGCUGGUCCCUUUUGGAGAUGGGAUCAACAACCCAAGCUGCACGGAAAUCGUUCGCCUGAUGACCGCCGGUGUUUAUGAUGCUGCAAUAGGAGAUAUCGCGAUCAUCACGAACCGGACAAAGGUGGUGGACUUUACGCAGCCGUAUAUAGAGUCUGGUUUGGUUGUGGUUGCACCCUUGAAGAGACUGGAUUUAGACAUGUGGGCUUUCCUAAGACCGUUCACUCCAAUCAUGUGGGUUGUCACGGCACUGUCGUUUCUGGUGGUCGGAGUGGUCGUGUGGAUCUUGGAGCACAGGCAGAAUGACGAGUUUCGCGGCCCUCCUAGUAGACAGCUCACCACUAUUCUAUGGUUCAGCUUUUCAACUUGGUUCUUUGCUCACAGAGAAAAUACAGUUAGCAUUCUCGGUAGGCUGGUGAUGCUCAUUUGGCUCUUUGUGGUUUUGAUAAUCAACUCCAGCUACACGGCAAGCCUGACGUCUAUACUCACGGUCCAACAGCUUUCAUCUCCCAUCACUGGGAUCGAGUCGCUAAUAGCCUCCAAGUAUCCGAUUGGCUACCAACAUGGUUCGUUUGCCCGAAAUUAUAUGCACACUGAACUGGGUAUUGACGAGUCCAGGUUGAUUCCUCUGAACUCGCCUGAGGAUCUUGAGAAAGCCUUGAACGAUGGUCCCAAUAAAGGAGGCGUUGCGGCUGUGGUCGAUGAGAGGGCAUACUUGGAUCUCUUCCUUACCACCCGAUGUAAUUACAGCAUCGUCGGUCAAGAAUUCACCAGAAACGGAUGGGGAUUCGCAUUUCAGAGGGAUUCGCCUCUAGCAAUCGACAUGUCCACCGCCAUUCUGAAGCUAUCGGAGAAUGGAGAUCUUCAACGGAUACACGAUAAAUGGAUAAAAGGAACCGCUUGCAGCUCACAGGGAGCUAAGCUUUCAGUUGACAGGCUUCAGCUCAAGAGUUUCUCAGGACUAUUCUUCUUGUGUGGAGUAGCCUGUUUGAUUGCACUCUGUAUAUACCUUUUUCGGUUACUGCGGCAAUUCAGCCGAGACCAUGUGGAAGAGGAAAGUAAUGUUUCUCCUGAGUCACCCAUUAGAGCCUCGCAGUCACCCAUUAGAGCCUCGCGAUCAAAGAGACGGCUCCAAACCUUUAUUUCAUUUGUUGACGAGAAGGAAGAAAGAUUUAAAGCUCGGUCCAAGAGACGCCAACUAGACAGAACUUCAAUGGGGAGAAGCCAUAAUGAGCUAGCUGAAACAGAAGUGUGAAUAUGUACGAUAAAAAUUGCUAUUGUUCUAAAUAAUGCAAAUAUGAAUAAGUUUAUUUGAAAA